CAAAAACACACACCCCACAAUUCAACACUGGUUCUCAUGCAAAUGUCUUCUUUCAUCUUCUUUUUCCUCCUUUCUCUACUCAUCACUCCCUUUUUCCCUUUUUCCCUUUUUCUUUCUUUAUAACAAGUUCCCCUCCGUCAUUCCGUCGGUCUUUUAGACUUCUUGUUGCCUUCCUUCUUGCAGCAUUACCAUUACACAAACUUCUUUUUUUUUCUCCAAAUGACAAGCCUACUCUUCGAAUCAAGUGGUAAAGGUGCCAGUGGCUCUUCCUCUUCUCCCUCAGUAUCAGACGACAAUACCAUCAGAAAAUAUACCCAUCCUUCUUUUGCCAAUCAACCUCUCGGGAACUAUAAUAGUCAUCUUUUCCCAUCAUCAUCAUCAUCAUCAUCAUCUUCUUCUUCUUCUUCGCUUGCCAAAAACAGUAGUCAUUUUGCCUCAAAGGGUAACAGUAUCCCUUCUAUCUCUCAAGCCCAAGAUGAGUUCACGAUCUUUAACAGUGGCAGCGCUCAACAACAACAUCCCUUCUCUACUCCCUAUUCUGGUACCCAUGGAGUUGAUAUUUCCGAAUACUUGAUGCAGCGUCAAGAAUAUUACGCUCGCGAGGCCCUCGUUCGAAGUCAAGAUAGACAUGAUGGACUAGGACCCAUCGUGGAUUUCUCAGAGUCAUUCCAAUUGAACACAGAUCGUGGUGAUCUGAAUAAAAGUCGAUUGGAAGAUCAUUUAGAACAGAGGCAUCACAAUCCGUACGCUACUACUUUGUUAUUAUCACAAGACCGACCUCACAGUCAUCUGCAGAAGCAGGGACAUCGGGCACGAGAGGCUUUUCAAUUAUUACAGUCGCAAUCGCAAUGGCAAUCGCAAGCGAAUAGCAACAUUCAGGAUCAUGGGUUUGAGAUGAAGAGGGCAUCAUCACAGCAGGAACAAGUCAUGAUAGAUCUUGGAUAUGGUGCUUUUUCUUCACUAAAGGAUAAGCAGGAAGAAGCAGUAGCAUGGGAUCAAGUCUGGGAUGAGUCGAUUGCGCCUACAACUUACAACUCCAUAAAGCAGUACUCCACUCCAGACAGAGUAGGUUCAUCAUUUCAUAAAGGAGCAGCAUUAUGGCCUUCCGGAGCUGAAACAGAUUCCCCGGAAUAUGGAGCCAUAUAUUACAACCCUCUUCAGUACCAUACUCCACCGCAACAACCAAUCCAUUCCGGUUUAUCUCACAAGUCAGCGCAAGUGUCGACAACGGCUGCAGUCCCUCAAAAUGAGCGGAUAGAGGAGCUUUCAAGAUCCUCAGCUAUUACCACUACUGAUCCACAGCCGCAGAAACAAAAGCAUAAUCAGGAUAUGGGUGAAAGAAGAGGAUCACUCAAAACCUGCGGCUUUAUGUUUGAUGUCAAGGGUUUCGUCAAUUCACCCGAUAUCUCAGACCCUUCACAUCUUUUGUCACUGACUACAUCAACAGCGGAGGUUAUACCAUCGCAAGGUGGUCAGAAUCCACAUCAGCAUCAGACUUCAUUACCAGCAUCUUCACUACCACUAGUACUACCACAGUCCCAACCCAUUCUGGAGUGUCAACCAAUUGAGCGUCCAGACCAAGGCUACAAUGAUGAUGUUUUUGAAGGUGAUAUGCUUCAGGCAUGGAUGGAGACGCUUGCCCAGGAGAAGCAGGAAGCAGAUGAACGAGCCAGGGAAAAAGAAGAGCAGGAGAAGCAAAAAGAGGCUAUAGAGGAAGAGAGUCAGAAGGAUAGUCCAAUGGAUGAAGCAGAGCGAAAAGCUAUACAUGAGGUAGCGCUUCGGAGGUUGAACGCAUUGAUACAUCAGUUGGACCAGAACCAGAGCCAGAAGCAAGGGUCAAAAAGCUCGAGUGCAAGUAUAGAUGUUAUUAAUAAGACAACUUUUAGAUCAUAAAUAGACUAAAUAGACAAUGGCCGAGUUUUGUAUUUAUCUAACAAGUCUAGCAUUAUAUUUG